AUGGGGCGUCCGAAGCAGGUACCUGUGGCUCACGCAGAUGUGUCGUCGUCGUAUCUCAAGACCGAGGCACAGACGUGGGUCGCCCGCUCGGGGCGGCCGGGCAAGCGCGUGAAGCGCGACGAUGAGGACGACGCGGAGAAUGCGCCCGAGCCAGCGGACGACGCCGACGGCGACGACCCCGUCGCGCGGCGGCUCGUGGUGCACAUCGGCUCCGACGCCGUGCGUGUCGGCCGCGCGACCGACCUGUACCCGACCGUCGUGCCGAAUGUGCUGGCGCGGCGCAUGGCCACAGAGACGCCGCCGAGCGCCUCGGCGCCUGCGCCCGAGUCGAUGGACCCGCUGCUCGAGCCGCUGCGCGCCGAGCUGCGCAUGAUCAUGCGCCAGUACAAGCUGCGCCCCGUGAGCAACGGGUGGCAGUCGGCGAACAGCUACAAUGCGUCUGUGCAGCCCGAGCGCGUCGAAGAGCACAACGACGUAUACGACGUCGGAUUCCGCCCCGACGCGGACGUGCCGGCGGACCAGGCGGUCGUCGUGGGCGAGGCGGCCCUGCGCCUCGCCGCCCUCUCCGACGGGCGGCCGACCCGGUGGCGCCUGCACCGCCCCUGGGCGCGCGGCAUGCUCAAUGUGCAGGGCUACGCGGACACGUACGGCGAUGCGUGCGUCGAGGUCCUGCUCAACGACGUGCAGCACAUCCUCACGCACGCCCUCACAGCGCCGCCGAGCGACGCCGCCGGCGCGUCGCUCACGAGCGCAGGCCUGGGGAUCCCCGCGAGGGAGCUCCCGCGCUACUCUGUGCUCCUACUUGUCCCCGACUCGUUCUCCCGCAGCGACGUGCGUGCGCUCGGCCAUGUGCUGAUGCGGCACAUGGGCUUCGCCGCGCUGCAUGUGCAGACCGAGGGCCUCUGCGCCACGUUUGGCGCGGGCCUCAGCGCAGCGUGCGUCGUGGACCUCGGCGCGACGAGCAUCGGCAUUGCGUGCGUCGAGGAGGGCCUCGUCCUCCCCGAGACGCGCGUGACGCUCUCGUACGGCGGGCGCGACAUGUCCGCCUUUUUCCUCCAGGUGCUGCGUGGCUCGAGCUUCCCGUACCACGAGUGCGACCUCGCGGCGCGCGUCGCUGACGCGCAGCUGCUCGACCAGCUCAAGGAGCGCUUCGUCACGCUGCAGCCGAGCCAGGUCGGGCUCAAUCUGUUCGACUUCCUCGUGCACCUGCCUGGCGCGGCGACACACAAGUACGCGCUGCGCCUGUACGACGAGCCGAUCCUCGCUGGCCUGCUGCUCUUCCACCCGUCGGUCGUGCCGGACAAGCGCCUGCCGCGCCGCGCGCGCACGGCGCCUGCGGCCGACACAGUCGCGGGUGAGGAGCCGGAGCCGAACGCGGUGCUCACAGCCACGAACGCGUCGCUGGGCGGCGACGAGGCGGCGGAGCUGUCUGCGCACGCAGCCGUGGACGUGACGCCGACGCUCGCGAUGCUGGGGUGCCUCGGCUCGCGCCUCCCCGACGCAGCUGCCGCGCAUGUCGAUCCUGCGCGCGGGGCGGCCGAGCCGGCGGCCGCCGCGAGUCCGGCGCCGGACGCGGGCGACGGAUCGGCGCGCCCGUCGCCUGCGCCGGAUGCCGCCAAGUCGGCGAAGGCCGCGCUCGCAGUGCCGCAGACGUCCGCGAUGGCGACGCAGGCGGCCAAGUGUGCGGCGGCGGCCGCGGCGGCCGCAUCGCAGGGGCUCGAUGUCGUGUCGGAGGCGGCGUGCACGCCGCUGGACCGCGCGGUGUUCCACAGCCUGCUGGCGUCGACGGGCACGCGCGAGGGCGCGCUGGGCCCCGGCUGCGAGGAGCGGCUGCGGCGGCUGGCGAACAACAUUGUGUGCACGGGCGGCGCGGCGCGCAUCGCGGGCCUGAGCGAGGCGCUGGAGGCGCGCGUGUCGAUGCUGCUCGCCGAGCACUACACGCCAGCGGACAGUGCAAAGGCGCCGGCGGUGCGUGUGCCGGCGCACUUUGUGGCGCCGGAGGCGGUGGUGAUCCCGCCGCCGCGCAACCUGGAUCCUGCGUCGCUCGCGUGGAAGGGGCUCGCGGUGCUUGCGCACCUCGACACGAUGCAGGAGCUGUGGGUCCAGGCGGCCGACUGGGACACGUUUGGGUACCGCGCCCUGAAGGAAAAGUCGCUGUUUUUGUAG